AUGGACUGCUACGUAAGCUACGGCGAUACGCAGAAACGUAAAGGCGAAGUCAUAACCUCUUUUCUGAGUACGAAGAUUACGGAACCAUUGCGGGUAGCGUUAGGAGCAAGAGGGAAAGAACUGUCUGAGCGAGUGACAGUACACUUUUGUGCUACGAAAUGA